CAACCGUUCCGAAACGCGCACGCCAACAGCGGAUCGCAACGCACACCGACGGAACAAUUUGUAUUUUAACAGUUUUCAACACUUUUCGGAUCAAAUUACGAUCAGUUAUGUUCAGUCUCCUUUCAAAGAUUCAUUGUGAUAAACAGGCAUUUGGAAUGGUUCAAUUUACGAUCGGUGUAUUUUGUUGCGAUGCCUUUGUCGUCUGCUGCCGCAGUUUUCUUUCAUAAAGAAGCUGAGUGUCGUGUGGAGAACACUGCAUUACCUAGGACACUGGAUGUUAAACAAAGAAUCGAGAUAAUUAUGGAGACUGCCAGAGUCUUUCCGGAUAAUUCUGACAUACAGUACAAACAAAUACAAAGGGAGUCUACAGAGAGCUUCGUGAGUCUCACAUCCGGCUCUUACCCCACCCACAUUCGUUCCGUGAGGCCGCACAAGGUGUGCGAGGUGCUGGAUAGGGCGCUGCCAAAGGCGACCACGUGGCGUCGAACCCACACUGUCUACGUCAUACUGUCACUGAUUUUCGUGCUGACGUCAUCCGUCGCUAUUGCUUUUGCUGUGCACCAAAUACAGCUGAUCAAAUCAAACACUGACGGUGAUCAGUUCAAAGUUCUACAAAAUUCCGCCCAAUUUCUUCCACCGAAUGCAACAGAUCGCCGGUCGCGCCCGGGCGAGUUGCAGGAACAGGCGACUUCCAAGAGUACGUCCCGCUCGGGCGAACGAGACGAACACUUCGCACCAGGUCUCGAUAGGACGCCAUGCGUGGCGCAGUGCUCUGCGUACACUGACGCGAGAUUAGGAGCCAUUUGCGACAAUGGCUACUGCACGUGCAGCGGGAAACAUUAUCAGCAUGACACUUGUCUUCCCGACGUUGAAGGGUGCAGACUAAUACGCUCGCAGCAAUCACAGUCGGUAGAAAUAUGGGCAACUCCGACAGCACUAUAUUCGUGCCAAGAUCUGACCUUAUCAGCAAAUGGGACUUCAUUGAUCGUGGUCAGCAUAUAUGGCAACCAUUACUCGCCCUUCACCCGGUUGUUGUUGACGUGUACAUCAAUAAGACCCGUGACCCUUGUGGUCGCCAGCCACUUCCCAGUGAGGUGGAACAUAAGCCGGCAGCUGUGUGACGUCACUAGGGUUAUUCUGCUGUCGGAUGACAAAAUGUCAAUUGGUGACGUGCGUAUUGACCAAGACUCAGUCCCUAUCGCAAACGUAGUACAGCCUGUCGGCUACGGUGACGACCGACAUCACUCGAACACCGUUGAGAUGAUACGGAAAUUAACGAGUUCUUACGGACCUAUCGAGUCGUUUACCGGGGCGGCAUUUGCAGAUUCGAUUCGUGUUUCAUUGUGAACUGUCUAGAUGCUGCAGUAUGAUUUGACAUACAGAAUUUUACAUGACAUCAUAAACUGAAAUCUUUAUAACUCUUCUAUUUCAAUUUUUGUGCAACAGCUUUCAACACACUAGAAAAUAAUUCUAUUAUAUUUUUUACUCUACAAAAUUUAACAAUUUCAAUGCAAUACUUCGUAGUUAUUAUCGUGCUUAUAUGUUGUGCUAAGU